AUGGACCCGAUCCAUCGCUGCUACUAAGCUGAUAGCAGUAACUCGAGCCAGUAUUUUUCCACCACCCAACCUCGCACAAACACAUCAGAUUCAUCACUUAUACAACUUCCUUUACUUUCAAACAAGACUUCCUCCACGGACCAAGUUUCUGUUAUCUCUGAAUCAUCUUUUAAGCAAACUUCUGAAGAAAAUGGUACGCUUACUGCACCUUUCUCAUCAUCAACGUUGCCCACUUCCCUCGGCAUUUGCUUGGUUUCAACUUCAUCAUCUAGGCCUCCGGACACCAAGGCUGCAGUAUUACAGCAUCAUAUGCUGUUGAUCACUCGCAACGAGGUCGAUCUUGACGCAAGUGAUACAGAAUGUGAUUCUGUCACACAUGGUUCCGUUCCUGUUUCCGAGUCUACCGUGAUUGAGGCUCCCAGCUUGAUUAAUGACGUAGAUGUAGACACCACCUUGGCCGCUAUUCAGCCAGUUUCUAAUCCUGGUUCAUUCCAGACUUCUGCAGUCGGAUCUUUCUGUAAAGAAAUUGACUUAUCUGCCCCUCAGAAAUGUAUUCAACCUAGUCCGGCAAUGACAAUUCCAACUACCAUCGAUGCUUACCCCAUUCAAAAAGAUUCGAUUGAUAAAAAUGUUAGACUCAUUUACAAAAUUUCUGAUUCUUCCUUAGAGGAGAAUCAGGAGGGCCAUAGAGGCACCAGUCUACAGUCCGUAAGUAUAAGAAGUAAAUCAAUACCUUCCUAUUCCGAUGCCACAUGCUCAUCUGCUUCGGACAUAAACGCAAAUUACAUUCCCAUUCCAGAGACAAAUGAUAUAACUUUGUCAAGAAGCGAGUCAAGGCUUGGUGAGCCAACACAUCCCUCUUUAUCUGCCCCUUUUUUCAUUUCCGGUUCUUUGGGUCCGGUCCCUCCUUCCUCGGCUUACUUGGGAUCCAAAUGUUUCGAUGAUAUCUCUUUAAAAGAUGAUUCUGAUAUUAAAUAUUCUGAGUCAGAUUUCAUCGUUGAGAACACACCCGAGUUUUCAAAAAGCACCACUUCUACUGUCGAAUCAGGUUCUUCACUUGAUAUUAUCUAUCCUGAUUGUAAAGGAGCCUCUACUAAAAUGGAUGGUAACGUACCCAUUGAGACUGAGGCUAGUAAAUCUAACCUAAAAACCAUUUUUGCUUCAGGUUCUAAUACCGACAAGGAAUUUUUCGAAAACUUAGAAACCUUCCCUCAGGAAAUACAAGGCACAAACGAGUCUUUUAUUGCCUCUGAAAAACUCUGCGAAUCCAAUAUGAGGAAAAAUAGUGGAAACCAAAUAGACUGUACAGAUCGUGUGAACCCUCUCAAAGAUAUGAGUGAUCUAGCAGUACCACAAUUUCACCAGAACCAAUCAUCCUAUGUUGGCGAGAACAAGUUUUUUUCUACAAGCAAAGUCGAAGAAGCGUCUCCUUGCAUUACCAAUCAC